GUACAGUGAGAUGCGGUGGAAUAAGGGUACAGAGCCACUUUUUUGAAGGGUAGGUUGUAAAUGGUAGCGUCGAGUCCAUCCCAUGGCCGAAGAAGGGUGGUUGCAGCUCUCAACUUGGGGGCAAUUUCACAUCGAUUUUUGAGCGCUUCCCCUCCCUUUCGUGUCUGGCCGGAUAUAAUUGCGACUGGACCCCUUGGCCUAACCCCACGUGCUGUAUUAAAUCCAUGAUGAUUUUCCCUACAUUUGUAUCAGAAAUCCAUAAUGUUUUUUUGGUCGUCUCAUAAUCAGCUUAUGUCACAAGCUUAAUUCUUCAUGAUUUUCAAUCAAAAAUGACAAUCUCAUGAAAGUGGCGGUUACUCUACUGGGGAAAAAGUCUUGUUGCAUCCCGGGAAGCUUCCUAUGUGCCAUCAGCCACCCAUCUUCGAUAAUAUCUAUGCAGGGAUUAUUUUUAAAAUUUAAAUUUAAAUUUAAUUUUUAUAUUACGUUAUCUUUAUUGAUAUUGUAACUAUUGUUAAUGAAUGAUUUUAGAAAUGGAAAUGUUUUUGAAAGGACGGAAGUAAAAUUGGAUUUUGGGAGGAGCAGAGGUGGAGUGAUUGGGUUUGGGUCCUUGUGACUCUCUUGAGUCUUGACUACUUUUGUCUUGAAGAAUUUCGAAUCUGUCUCUCCACCUUUUCAUUUCCGCUCCGCAGCCUCAUGCUCUGAGAUUAGCUCAAGACGCCAUGUCUGCUCAACCCAAUGCAGACGAGGAGUCCCAGGCACAACCACUCCUCGACCCUUCCCUCCAUCGAUCACUCUCCAACGUUACUUCCCAGGUCGCUAUUGUUGGCUCCAACGUCUGCCCAAUCGAGAGUCUUGACUAUGAGAUUUACGAGAAUGAUUUCUUCAAACAGGAUUGGAGGAGUCGCGGCAAGGUUCAGAUCUUUCAGUACAUAUUCGUGAAGUGGUUGCUGUGUUUUUUGAUUGGUUUAAUCGUUAGUCUUAUUGGGUUCUGCAACAAUCUCGCUGUCGAGAACCUCGCCGGCGUCAAAUUCGUCAUCACGUCGAAUAUGAUGCUUGUAAAGAGGUAUGGAAUGGCUUUUCUUGUCUUCUUCUCUUCCAAUUUUGUUCUCACUCUGUUUGCCUCGAUCAUCACGGCUUUUAUAGCUCCGGCAGCAGCCGGUUCAGGCAUUCCGGAAGUGAAGGCUUACUUGAAUGGCGUGGAUGCACCAGGAAUAUUUACUGUGAAAACUCUGCUUGUUAAGAUUGUUGGUAGCAUUACAGCCGUGUCAUCAUCUCUUCUUAUUGGGAAGGCUGGGCCCAUGGUACAUACUGGUGCAUGUGUGGCAGCAUUGCUGGGUCAGGGUGGGUCUAGGAAAUAUGGUUUAACUUGGAGAUGGCUACGCUACUUCAAGAAUGAUAGAGACCGACGAGAUUUUGUAACAUGUGGAUCAGCUGCUGGAAUUGCUGCUUCUUUCCGUGCUCCUGUUGGUGGUGUGUUGUUUAGUCUUGAAGAAAUGGCAUCUUGGUGGAGAAGUGCCCUUCUAUGGAGAUGUUUCUUCACAACAGCAGUAGUUGCAAUUAUGCUUCGGGCUCUGAUUGAUGUUUGCUUAAGUGGAAAAUGUGGCCUAUUUGGUACAGGGGGUUUGAUAAUGUUUGACGUCACCUCACAAAGUACUACAUAUCACAUAAAGGAUGUGCCUCCUGUGCUUGUUCUAGGAGUUAUAGGGGGUCUGUUGGGAAGUUUAUAUAAUUUUCUUCUUGAGAAGGUCCUCCGAAUUUACAGUUAUAUUUAUGGGAAAAAGCCUAUUUACAAAAUAAUUCUUGCUUGCUCAAUCUCUGUUUUCACAUCCUGUCUUCUAUUUGGAUUACCAUGGCUUGCAUCCUGCCAACCUUGCCCAAUUGAUGCAUCAGAAGCUUGUCCUACAAUAGGCCGGUCUGGUAACUACAAGAAGUUCCAGUGUCCUCCUGGUCACUACAAUGAUCUAGCCAGUCUUAUUUUCAACACAAAUGAUGAUGCCAUAAAAAAUCUUUUCAGCAAAGACACUGAUUCAGAGUUCCAAUACUCAUCAAUUCUUAUAUUUUUUGCCACCUGCUUUUUUCUCAGUAUCUUUAGCUAUGGUAUUGUGGCUCCUGCGGGUCUAUUUGUACCUGUUAUUGUGACAGGUGCAUCUUAUGGACGUUUUGUUGGAAUGUUAGUUGGUUCACACUCGAAUCUUAACCACGGCCUCUUUGCUGUGCUGGGCGCUGCAUCUCUUCUUGGUGGAUCUAUGAGGAUGACAGUUUCCUUGUGUGUCAUUAUCCUAGAACUGACCAAUAAUCUCUUAUUACUUCCCCUGAUAAUGGUGGUUCUUCUUGUUUCCAAAACUGUAGCUGACGCUUUUAAUGGAAAUGUUUAUGACAUUAUUAUGAAAUUGAAGGGAUUUCCUUACUUAGAAGCACAUGCCGAGCCAUACAUGAGGCAGCUGACAGUUGAGGAUGUAGUCACGGGUCCACUUCAGCUCUUUAAUGUCAUUGAGAAGGUUGAAAAUAUAGUACAUGUUCUCAGAACUACAGGACAUCAUGGAUUCCCUGUGAUUGAUGAACGUUCACAUUCUGAAUCACCAGUUUUGUUUGGUUUAGUCCUCCGUGCCCAUCUUAUUGUAUUGCUUAGGAAGAAAGCUUUCUUAACCGCUGCUGUUCGAGCAGACAGUGAUGCCUUUAGGCACUUCUCAGCUAUGGAUUUCACAAAGAGGGGAUCAGGCAAUGGUGACAAGAUAGAGGAUAUAGAACUGACUGAAGAAGAGAUGGAGAUGUUCAUAGAUUUGCAUCCAUUUUGCAAUUCUUCACCAUAUACUGUUGUGGAGACAAUGUCAUUAGCAAAGGCUCUCAUACUUUUCCGAGAAGUUGGCUUAAGACAUCUGCUGGUGAUCCCCAAGAUCUCUAAUAGAUCUCCAGUAGUGGGUAUAUUGACGAGACACGAUUUUAUGCCAGAACAUAUUCUGGGUGUGCAUCCUCUGCUGGUAAGGAGCAGGUGGAAAAGAAUAAGAUUUCAGCUUCCUCGUUUUCUAAAACUCUUUUGAGGCAUCCUGGCCAAGCAUCAGAGCUUGCUGUCACGAACUAUUUGUAGAUAGUGUUGAUUGAGCUGCACAAGAUUGCACAAUCAUUGCUGGGAUCAUCACCUUCAUUAUUUCUUUUUCAUUUUGUUAAUGGAAAUACUGAGCAGGAAUUGACUAGGACAAGGUAAUGAGGCAUGUUAGAUUAUCGGGCUGUUUUAAGCAACAUAAUUGGGUGAAGUGUUUGUCUUAAGUGUAAUCUAUUACUCAUAUCAAGCCCUGGUGAAACGUUUGGAACUUAUCUUAUACUAGAUUUACUAGAUUUAUUAUUAAUGCCAUCUUUUUUACCAAGAAAAUUAUUAAGAGCAUGAGACAUUUAAGAUAAUUGACAGUUGAUCAAAUGAUGGCUU